GACGUCUCUGUACCCACCCCUAUCCUUUGAUGUCUGCCUCUCCUUCUCUCUCUCUGUCAAAGUGGGUAAACAAAACAUCUCUCUCUCUCUUCCUUAUCUCUCUCUCUCUCUGCCUUUUAUUGAAUGCUUUGUAAGUUUCAGUUGGAUUCUCAGAGACCCUUUAGUUAAUGCCAUCCACCGCUUAGCUAAUUAGCUAAUUAGUUAAUGCCUUUAGUUUUCUUGGCUUUGUUAUCACACAUAUGCAUGCAUUUAAACCCUCACACCAUCGUCACCUCUGUUAAGUAUUCUCUUUCUUUCUUCCUUUUCCUUUUUCAUCCAUAGAUACAUAGAUCAUGAAAAGAUAUAUGUGUCAUUACUCUCUUUCUUGAUUUGUCUAUUGUUUAUUGCAAAAUAUGGGAAAAGGGUGUUCUCCACAAAUCCCAAAGCUACUCAUUCACCACUCUCUAAUCAUCUUUUCCUUCAUAGUUGGCCUCACAGAUUCCCUAAAUGAAGAGGGUCUUUUUCUUUUGGAGUUCAAAACAUCCCUUUCUGACCCAAACAACAAUCUUCAUACUUGGAAUAACAGCAGCAAUUCAUCUCCUAAUGAAACUCCUUGCAAUUGGAUGGGAGUAAAGUGCAGUGCUGACUUUAAGGUAACUUCUUUGCACCUUAGUGGCCUUAAUUUGUCUGGAACUUUAUCUCCAACCAUUUGUAAUCUCCCUCAUUUGACUGAAUUUAAUGUGUCCACAAACUUCAUUUUUGGUCCCAUUCCUAACGAGCUGUCAAACUGUCAUAACCUACAAGUGCUAGACCUUUGUACCAAUAGGUUACAUGGAGAAAUUUUAACCCCAAUAUGUGAAAUCACCACCCUGAGAAAGCUUUACCUGUGUGAGAAUUACAUGUAUGGAGAGUUGCCUGAGGAGGUUGGGAAUUUAGCUUCUCUUGAAGAGCUUGUCAUAUAUAGCAACAACUUUACUGGUAGCAUUCCAGCUUCCAUUAGUAAAUUGAAACAGCUUAAGAUCACCAGGGCGGGAAAUAACUUCCUUUCGGGUUCGAUUCCCAAAGAAAUCGGCGAGUGUGAGAACUUGGAGGUUUUGGGAUUGGCACAAAAUGUGCUAGAAGGAGAGCUUCCUGCAGGGAGCUUACACAAACUCAAGAAUCUCACUGAUUUGAUCCUUUGGCAAAACCGCUUAUCCGGCUCCAUUCCCCACGAAAUUGGAGGUUUAAGCAGCCUGGAAUUGCUUGCCUUGCAUAAGAAUGAUUUCACUGGAAUGCUUCCCACGGAGAUAGGACACUUGUCCAAUCUAAAGAGGUUGUACAUAUACACCAACCAGUUGAAUGGGACGAUCCCACGUUCAUUAGGGAAUUGCACCGAUGCUGUUGAGAUAGAUCUUUCAGAGAAUCAGCUCAGCGGAUUCAUCCCGAAGGAGCUCGGUAACCUCUCGAAUCUCAGCUUGCUUCACCUCUUCGAAAACAUGCUGCAAGGACGCAUUCCUAGGGAGCUUGGACAGCUGAAGAUGCUUCAGAACUUGGACUUGUCCAUGAACAAUUUGACAGGAGAAAUCCCUUUGGAAUUUCAGAAUCUUCCUUACUUGGUAAACUUGCAACUCUUUGAUAACCAUCUUGAGGGCAGAAUUCCUCCUCGCUUAGGAAUCAAUACCAACCUCACCGUUCUUGACAUGUCUGCGAAUAAUCUUUCGGGUAAAAUACCGGCACAUCUUUGCAAGUAUGAGAAAUUGAUGUUCCUAAGCCUCGGAUCGAAUAAGCUGUCCAGAAAUAUACCUUACGGCCUUAAGACCUGCAAGUCUCUUAUACAGCUGAUGUUAGGGGACAACAAGCUCGAAGGAAGCCUCCCUGUUGAGUUAUUCCAACUUCAUAAUCUAUCGGCACUUGAACUCUUCCGAAACAGAUUCUCGGGGCCAUUACUUCCUGAGAUAGGGAGGCUUACGAAAUUGGAAAGGCUGCUCUUGGCAAACAAUCACUUUGUUGGGAAACUUCCUCCUCAGAUUGGAAAUCUAGUUCAUCUUGUGGCAUUCAAUGUCUCCUCUAAUGGGCUAUCGGGAAACAUCCCACGAGAGUUGGGGAAUUGUGUGAAACUCCAGAGGCUUGAUUUAAGCAGGAACACGUUCAAUAGCUCUCUUCCAAAGGAACUUGGAGAACUGGUGAAUUUGGAACUUCUGAAGCUCUCUGACAACAGAUUGACAGGAGAGAUACCGAGUACAUUAGGAAGGCUAAACCGGCCCACAGAGUUGCAGAUGGGAGGGAAUCAAUUUUCUGGCAGCAUUCCAGUUGAGCUUGGCCAACUUACUUCAUUGCAGAUUGCUCUAAACAUCAGCCACAAUAAUCUUUCUGGUCCAAUUCCUGAGAAGUUGGGAAACUUGCAGAUGUUGGAAUCUCUCUACUUGAAUGACAACAAGCUCGUUGGCGAAAUCCCUGCGUCGAUUGGCAAUCUGCUCAGCCUCACUGUAUGCAACCUCUCUAACAAUGAAUUGGUAGGAACAGUGCCAAACAGCCCCGCAUUUCAAAGAAUGGAUGCCACAAACUUUGCAGGCAACAAGGGCUUGUGUAGAUUGGACUCAAAUGAGUGUCACGCAUCUUCAUCUCUCACUCAGAAACCUAGAUGGUCAAAGAAAGGUCCAUCAAAAGAGAAGUUGGUGGUCAUCAUCACCAUUGUUGUUACCUUAAUUUGUGUGUUUCUUAUAGUGGGACUAAUAUGUGCAGUAAAGGGUAUUCGUCGUCCCAUCUUCCUUUCACUCGAGGAUCAAACAAAUCGUGAAGUUUUAGACUACUACUACUUUCCAAAAGAAGGAUUUUCAUACCAAGACCUUGUUGAAGCCACCAGCAACUUUUCCGAGGACACGGUUUUAGGAAGGGGAGCUUGUGGAACUGUCUACAAGGCCGUCAUGAGCAACAGUGAAGUGAUUGCUGUCAAGAAGUUGAAGUCGCGUGGAGAAGGUGCGAGUGUGGAGAGUAGCUUCAGAGCUGAAAUUUCGACGCUUGGUAAGAUCAGGCAUCGGAACAUUGUCAAGCUGCACGGAUUCUGCUACCACCAGGACACUAAUCUUCUCUUGUACGAGUACAUGGAGAAUGGAAGCCUAGGUGAAAAACUCCAUGGCAACGAGCAGACUUGUUUGCUGGACUGGAAAGCGAGAUACAAGAUCGCUCUUGGAGCAGCAGAAGGCUUGUGCUAUCUGCAUUAUGAUUGUAAGCCACAGAUCAUACACCGCGACAUCAAAUCCAACAACAUUUUGUUGGACAAGUUCCUGCAUGCCCAUGUUGGAGAUUUCGGCCUGGCGAAAUUGAUUGACUUCCCUUACUCAAAAUCCAUGUCAACUGUUGCAGGCUCAUAUGGCUAUAUUGCUCCAGAAUAUGCAUACACAAUGAAAGUGACACAGAAAUGUGACAUAUACAGCUUUGGAGUGGUGUUGUUGGAACUGAUAACAGGGAAGUCACCAGUUCAGCCAUUAGAACAAGGAGGUGAUCUAGUGACUUGGGUGAGGAGGGCAAUAAAGAAUGGAGUGCCAACAAGUGAUAUAUUUGACAAAAGGCUUGAUUUGAGUUUGCAAGCAACAGUUGAGGAAAUGACUCUGCUUCUAAAGAUUGCUCUGUUCUGCACAAGCACAUCCCCAGUGAAUAGGCCAACAAUGAAGGAAGUCAUUGCCAUGAUGUUCGAUGUCCGGGAGGCGGCUGCAGUCACCAAAGAAACUUCAUCAUCUCCCUCCUCAGAAACUCCUUUGGAACAUGAUUCUUCAUCUACAGAUUAUGCGGAGUUAUAGGGCCACUUGGGCUGCCUAAGAAGCAGUGGAUUGGAUUGGACACGACCUCUCACUCAGUCAUUUAAAAAAUAAAAAUAUGUUCUCUUUGGUAUUUUUCUACUACUAACCAUCCAUCUGUACUCUGCCCCCACUGUCUAUCCUAGAUUUAUAAGCUUGGUUUACAAGCAUACAAGUUAUAGUAAUACAAGACUCAUAACCUUGGCCUAAUCCUAUUUAAUUUGGAAGCAAUAUCUCACCAUUUGAGUUCAGAAAUAUGUGGA